UCGGUUACUUUGUCUCACUUCCAGCAGGAGUAAAACAAAAGGCUUCAGCAGCAAAUUGUGUGUAAAGGCUGGAAAACGGUUGUGCUGUUUCUCAGCUGAAUAUUUAAUUAACCAUGUGUUCAGUUCAGCAUCUCAGAGAGUUUAUCAGAGAGAGACUAACUGCUGCUGCGGAGGAAAUCUUCACAGAGGUUGAAAAAACCAUCGGCCGCUACGAGGAAGACAUCAAACUGCUGGAAAUCUGCUGGAAACCUCAGAUAAAACUCACCAGAAUCGACCUCCAAAAUCCACAUGUCUCCAUUGAGGAGAAAACUUCUGCCAUUCAACAGGUUUGUGUCCAGGGGAUGAGGUCCAGUCAUGACCAGGAGGAAGCAGAACUUCAGUGGCCUGAAGAGGAACAGAUGGAACCAGAACCUCCACUGACUAAACAAGACGAACAGGACCCAGAGCCUCCACUGACAGAAGAUCAUUGGAAAAUAGAACCUAAAGGGCCAAGAGAGGAGGAACCAGAACAUCCACAUAGUCGUGAAGAAAAUGAGGAACCAGAUUACUCACUGCUUAAACAUGAACAGCAACUAGAAUAUUUUCCAACUGGACGGGACCAGAAGGACCUCUGUAGUAUUCAGCCGGGAAAGCAACUUGUCCAGAAGCAGAUUGUUGCUUUUAUGGAUACUUCUAAUAAUCAGGAAGGUGAUUUGAGUAGACAACCAAAGACUGAAGAUCACUUUCACAUCUCUAAUGAAAUUGAGAGCAAAGAUCAGGAAGGAAGCAGCAUCACUGUCUCUGAGAGUCGACCUCAUACUGAUGCAAAGAAAAGGUCUUUCAAAUGUGAUGUUUGUGGGAAAUGUUUUGAAAAUCAGCAUAAUUUUGAAAACCAUUCCAGAACCCACAAUAGUGAAAGGCUUUUUUCAUGUGAAACAUGCAGAAAAUGUUUCUCUCAUCUUGGUAAUUUAAAUGUCCAUAAGAGAAUUCAUACUGGUGAGAAACCCUUUUUAUGCCAAGUAUGUAAAAAAACAUUUUCUCAAAUUUGUAAUUUAAACGUCCACAUGAGAAUUCAUACAGGUGAGAAACCAUUUUCAUGCCAUGUAUGCAGAAAAAAAUUCACUCAGAUCAGUGGUUUGAAACGGCACAAGGACAUUCACACCGGUGAGAAACCAUUUUCAUGCCAGUCAUGCAGAAAGAAAUUCACUCAGUUUAGUAGUUUAAAGGUCCACAUGAGAAUUCAUACAGGUGAGAAACCAUUUUCAUGCCAAGUAUGUGGAAAGAAAUUCACUCAAAUUAGUUCUUUGAAUAAACAUAAGUCAGUUCAUACAGGUGAGAGGCCUUUUCCUUGUGAAACAUGUGGGAAACGCUUCUCUCAAAUUAGUUCUUUAAAUGUUCACAAGAGAAUUCAUUCACGUUAAGGAGCCAUUCAUUUGCUAAAUCUGGAAAAGUUUACCCUAAAAUUCAUCACAUAAAUAUUCACAGUGAGGGCCUUUUUAAUGUGAAAUUGGUCUGUAACGACUCAUCAUAUGAUUUGAAGACCCUGGUCCAAACUGGGUCACCAGCAAGACAAGAAAAGAAUAACAGUGUUGGAAUAGCCUAGUCCCAGGAUCUCCUUCCCUAGUCAUUUUCUACUGUCCGGAAAGUUUUAGAUGCUUCUCUGCUCCAACACAGAUUAAUUAUAUGAUUGAAUUUGUCUUCAGCAUGCUGUCAACUAAUGAGCCAUUCGUCAGGUGUGUUGGAACAGGAUGCUUCUAAAACCUGCAGGACAAAAGAUUUUCAGGACUUCCCAGGUCUAGUCAAAGGAAAGACUUCAAACUUACUGAAAUCCAGAGAGUUGUGCAGAAACAGAUUUUUGUAAACAUAAAUGAUCUAAAAUGAAGAUGGUUAGCAACUUUGGCUACUUAGCAUUGAAUCUCAGUUACCUUUUGUUGAAUGUUUUUACAUUUAGAGUUUAUAAUGUUACACUUAAGCAUAAGGGUUUAUUUUGAAUUAAAAUGUUCACUGACUUGAAAUUUUAUGCAGCUUCCAUUGAGUGUUAUGUUUUUAGAAAAAUUUGUCUUAAGGCCUUUGGUGUUUAAAUGACAGACAGCAGAGAGGCUCUGAUUUAUGGAAAAUCAGUGUUUGGUUGCUUCAGAUUAUUCCCAGAUCAGUUCAGAGGUCUGAACACAGUCAUCACUGUCUCUAUGGUUAUAACUUCAACUGAACUGUAUUUAAUAAAUGCCAACAUUUGGU